AUGAAGCUCGUAACUCCAUUCCUCCUUCUCCUCCUGGCCCUCCACCCUUCCUCAUUCCCCACCGCCGCCGCAGCGCGUGACCUCACGACUAUCCCCACCUCCACGGUGGGCCCCGCAUCGUCCACGUCAUCGUCACCAUCCAGCUCCCUGGCGUCGCGGCUGAAGUACUCGGACGCGGCGGCGGCGGCGGGAGGAGAUGGAGAAGAGACGAGCAACUGCUGGGAGUCAUUGACGGAGCUGCAGGCUUGCUCGGGGGAGAUCAUCCUCUUCUUCCUCAACGGCGAGACGUACCUCGGCCAAGGGUGCUGCCGUGCCAUCCGCGUCAUCGGCCGGCACUGCUGGCCCCACUUGAUGGGGACGUUGGGCUUCACCGACGAGGAGAGCGACGUGCUCGAGGGGUACUGCGAUCGCGCCGACGACGACGAUGGAGACGAUGGAGAGGAUGGUGGCGAUGGGGGGUCUCCCGCUCCGCCGAAUCAUCACUCGCCGCCGGCGUCGCCACGGCAUGUGGUCGUCGUUCCUUGA